UUACCGAUGAAAUUGGAAAUAUAUGAAGGAUUACAUCAUAAUUUGUGUCUAAAUCUGCGAUUAGGAAGAUCUUCCACAGAGAUCACAACAUGUUAUAUUUAUCAGGAAUUUCCCUGCCUCGUCUGGUUGCCACAAUGGUAGUGGCUGGACUCGUCUCUCUGACAAUCCUCUAUUGCUCACCCUCAACUCCAAAGAACUGUCCAUCUCCGCUGCCAAAUCUGAAACAAGAAGAAAGUUACUCUACCAAGAAAAGCGACGCUCUGACGAACAAAAUAAUAGAAGACAAACCUAUCCUUCUGUUGUGGUUCUGGCCUGAAAAUUACUUCUUUGAUUUCAGUGACUGCAAAACCAUUUUCAACAUUGAUGGUUGUCAUUUGACGGAUAAUCGAUUACUCUAUGAAAAAUCAGAUAAUGUUCUCAUUUAUCACAAAGCCAUCAGCUGGGAUCUGUCCAACCUUCCUCCAUCGCCUCGUCCUCUGUUUCAGAAGUGGAUUUGGUUUAAUGUAGAGUCACCGACCAACACCAGAAAAAAACCUGGUCUGGAAAACCUCUUCAAUCUCACCCUGAGCUACAGAGAGGAUGGAGAUAUUCCAGUACGAAUGCGAUUGAAAACCAGAAAGACACCAGCCGAUGACUUUGUCAUUCCCAAAAAGGACAAACUGGUUUGUUGGAUUGUAAGUAACAAAGCAACAUAUACAGGUGCCGGCACAAGGAACAAGUAUUAUGAGGAGCUCAGAAAACACAUAAAUGUCACUGUGUUUGGAAAGGCUUUUGGAAAGUUUUUGGAUUACAAUCAGUACUAUCCUACCCUCGCUAGCUGCAAAUUUUACCUCUCCUUUGAGAACUCCAUCCACAAGGACUACAUCACUGAGAAGUUAAAUGGUCCUCUUGCUGUAGGAACUGUUCCUGUGGUUUUGGGUCCUCCAAGAAAGAACUAUGAAAACUUUGUUCCUGGAGACGCCUUAUUCAUGUGCAGGACUUCCCAGAUCCAAAGUCACUGGCAGAAUAUCUGCUUCAGCUGGAUAAAGAUGACGUUGCAUAUCGGAGAUACUUCAACUGGAGGAAAUAUCUUGUGGCAACUCCUCAUUUAAUACAGCGGACUCAAGAGUUUGUUCUGGCUAUAUGCACUGCCUGUGAUUAUGUAGCACACCAUAAGGAAUAUAAAGACGCUCAUAAUAUAUACGACUGGUUUUUUCAUUAAUACAAGUAUGAUCUCAGAUUUGUAAACUGGUAAUUCAUGGAGGGAUUUGCAAUACGCUUUAUAAGGUGCGUGCGUGUGUCUGUUUUUUUUUUUUUUCACUUUGUUGUAGGGUAGUAUUAAAUAUAACUGCAGGAAUUAAAA